GCUGUCAAUUUUUUUUCCAGGCGAACGAUUACCUUACUGAAAAGUGGAAAAAAAUGGUUUGAUUUUGAUGAUUACAAUCACGAUGGAAUACUUUCAAUGGCAGAUCCUAGAAUAUUUGAGGAACGUUAUAAAGCUCGUGAAGAUCUGAGCGAUACACAAUUGAAGACGAUUAUGAAAAAAAUGGAUAGACUGUGGAAGGACUUUUUCUUCACAAACAAGAAAGAACUCUCUAAAAAAGACUUUGUAUCCAUGAUAAAACAAAGAUAUGAAUCCAACACGACUGCAUUUAAUGAGAUGGUGCGUGCGUUUUUAUCAGUAUGGUGCGAAGUGAUAGACUUAAAUGGAGACACAUUCCUUUCAGAAGAAGAAUUCCUUUUGAACUUUGCUGCUGAGAAGCAUACUAAUAUCCAACAAAAUAAGCAGGUUUUCUACUCGAUGAAGCCUAUCAAUGGGCGUGUUCCAAAUGACGCUAUCAUAGCAUAUUAUUUUCGCUAUAUAACUGAUCCUGAUAAGGCAAAUUUUGACAUUAUCUUAGAUGCAAUAAAUUCUGGUGUUUAAAAUAAUAUUAGUUCCUUGAAAUUUGUAAUGAGACUGAUAAUAAAUCGUUUAUUCUCACAAAAGUGAAUAAGCCUCCUUCUUAUUGCGAGAAAAAUCACUCCUUAUGUAAACUGUUAUACGUGCUUGAUCUGUAAUAAAAGAAGUGCUAUCAUCAAUUACAAAUGAAAUCAACAAAUGAA